AUGGGAGAAUAUUUUACAAUUCUCAAAGAAUUUGAAAACAAAAAGCGCUCAAUCAAUCCAGAUUUUCAGAUGUCUUUUGUUACAAAAUUGCCAGCUAUACUAAACCAAAACUGCUCUGACCAAGAUAAAAUGAAAGCUAUUCAGGCAUCCUAUUUAAAAGAUCAAGUAAAAAUUGUGAAAGACAAGGUGAAAAUUUCUGCUCGAAUGAUGAUGAGUUUUUUCGAAGACUCAUUAAGUCAAACUAAAAAACAUGUUAUGGAAAUUUUACAAACUGUCACAAAUAUAGAACAUAUUCUCAUUGUUGGUGGUUAUGGCGAGUGUAGUUUGUUACAAGAAACAUUCAAAAAAGAGUUUUCGAACAAAAAUAUUGUUAUACCCAAUGAGUGUAGCUUGGCUGUUAUCAAGGGUGCAGUACUAUUUGGACAUGAUCCUAUGGCGAUAUCGUCAAGAAUUUUACGGUAUUCCUAUGGUCCUGCAGUACAUGCCAUUUUUGAUUCAACAAAGCAUCCGGAAGAAAAACGAUAUAUCGAUAAAAAAGGCAUUGAAAGAUGUAACGAUGCCUUCGACCAGCUAAUCGCCAGAGAUACAAAAGUACCUUCAUCUGGGAAAACAUUAACUCAUACGGCAGUUCCACUUUAUGAUGAUCAGAAAGGUUACGUUUUGCGCUUAUAUUGCACAGAGGAAAACGGUCCUGCAGUGAUUAAAGACAACUUUCAACUUGUUGGCAAGCUGAACGUUUCUGUACCUGAAUACAUCCAGGGCAAAUGGGAAGCAGAAGAACAUUAUACUUUCGGUAUGACAGAAAUCAAGGUGUCGUCGACAGUCAAGGAAACCGGAGAAACUUUUGAAACCUCGUUUGACUUGCUUGAAUAA